ACUCACUGAGUGUUGACUGUCAAAUUUCAAACAUCCAAGUAAAGUUAAACUAUUAAAGUUUAACUGGGUCAGACUUGUUACUGCAUGCUGUAAUCAAACAUACCACACCCUGCAUCAUGUGAUUGGCUCUUGGUCGCUCUGUAAGAAUAUUUCUUUAGUGCCUCCCUUCACAGAUGUGUCUGUAUCAGGAUGGGUCUAAACAACAUGGUGUAAAUGCAGUUGCUGGUGAGCCUCAUUUCCUGUAGGAGGUGAACAAGAGCAGAGAUCUGUUUCCCUUCAGAGCACAGAGGUUGUUUCUGUUCAGAGGAAGUGAAACUGUCUGACAGUCACUGAGAGACGGUGAAACGGCACAGCACAUGAAUCAAAUGGACCAAACAAAAUUCUGCUGUUCAGUCUGUUUGGAUCUACUGAAGGAUCCGGUGACUAUUCCCUGUGGACACAGCUACUGCAUGAACUGUAUUAAAAGCUUCUGGGAUGAAGAGGAAGAGAAGAAAAUCUACAGCUGCCCUCAGUGCAGACAGACUUUCACACCGAGGCCUGUCCUGGAGAAAAACACCAUGUUAGUAGAUUUAGUGGAGGAGCUGAAGAAGACUGGACUCCAAGCUACUCCUGCUGAUCACUACUAUGCUGGACCUGAAGAUGUGGCCUGUGAUGUCUGCACUGGAAGAAAAAUGAAAGCCUUCAAGUCCUGUUUAUUCUGUCUGGCAUCUUACUGUGAGAAACACCUUCAGCCUCAUUAUGAUGCGGCUCCAUUAAAGAAACACAAGCUGGUGGAGCCCUCCAAGAAGCUCCAGGAGAACAUCUGCUCUCGUCAUGAUGAGGUGAUGAAGAUGUUCUGCCGUACUGAUCAGCAGAGUAUCUGUUAUCUCUGCCCUGUGGAUGAACAUAAAGGCCACGACACAGUCUCAGCUGCAGCAGAAAGGACUGAGAGGCAGAGAGAGCUGGAGGUGAGUCGACAAAACAUCCAGCAGAGAAUCCAGGACAGAGAGAAAGAUGUGAAGCUGCUUCAACAGGAGGUGGAGGCCAUCAAUCAGUCUGCUGAUCAAACAGUGGAGCACAGUGAGAAGAUCUUCACUGAGCUGAUCCAUCUCAUCCAGAAAAGAAGCUCUGAUGUGAAGCAGCAGAUCAGAUCCCAGCAGGAAACUGAAGUGAGUCGAGUCAAAGAGCUUGAGGAGAAGCUGGAGCAGGAGAUCACUGAGCUGAAGAGGAAAGAUGCUGAGCUGAAGCAGCUCUCACACACAGAGGAUCACAUCCAGUUUCUACACAACUACCCCUCACUGUCAGCACUCAGUGAGUCUACAGACUCAUCCAGCAUCAAUAUCCGUCCUCUGAGCUACUUUGAGGAUGUGACAGCAGCUGUGUCAGAGGUCAGAGAUAAAAUACAGGACAUUCUGAGAGAGGAAUGGACAAACAUCUCACUGACAGUCACUGAAGUGGAUGUUUUACUGUCAGAUCCACCAGAGCCAAAGACCAGAGCUGGAUUCUGUUCUGUUGUAUUCUAGGACAUCAGUCACUUUUUAAAUGCAUGCUACUCCUCCUCUUCAUCAUCAUCAUCAUCAGCACCCAUGACCUCCUUUUAGUCUUUGUUUUGUUAUUUUUCAGAGUUCAGGAGACGUUCUUAUGGGAUUUCCACAGUGUACAAGUACUGUUUAGACCCUUUACCUAAAAGAAAAGAGUAAAGUACAAAGUAGAUUUACUCACUGCAGGAAAAUAAUGCCUCAAUCUGAUAUA